UACUCUAAGUAUCUCAGUUCCGUCUGGGCUAGGUUUACUCUAAUUCGCAUAUUUUUUUUUUAUAUUUGUCUACGCAUUGAUAUAGUUUGUGCUUAGAUUGUUGAAUAGUUAGAUAUACUUGAGAUUGGUGAAAUUGGAGCAGCUGAGAGCGAAAAUGGGAGUUCCGGCAUUCUACAAAUGGUUGGCGGAGAAAUUUCCGAUGGUUAUAGUGGAUAUCAUUGAGGAAGAACCUGUUGAAAUUGAUGGAGUCAAGAUUCCGGUCGAUACAAGCAAGCCUAACCCCAACAAAAUCGAGUAUGAUAACUUGUAUCUCGACAUGAAUGGGAUUAUUCACCCUUGUUUUCACCCGGAGGACCGGCCUUCUCCUACAACUUUUGAUGAGGUGUUCAAAUGUGUAUUUGAUUAUAUUGAUAGACUUUUUGUUAUGGUGCGCCCACGGAAGCUUCUAUACAUGGCUAUUGAUGGAGUUGCUCCAAGAGCAAAGAUGAAUCAGCAGCGGUCUAGACGUUUUAGAUCUGCAAAAGAUGCAGCUGAAGCUGCAGCUGAAGAAGAUAGACUUCGGGAAAUGUUUGAGAUGGAAGGUCGGAAGCUUCCUCCAAAGCAGGAAUCUCAACUAAUUGAUUCCAAUGUUAUCACCCCUGGAACUGAAUUUAUGGCUGUUUUAUCAAUUGCCCUACAGUACUAUAUCCAUCUUAGAUUGAAUAAUGAUCCAGGAUGGAAAUCUAUCAAGGUUGUACUUUCUGAUGCCAAUGUUCCUGGUGAAGGGGAGCACAAAAUUAUGACUUACAUUCGUCAACAAAGAAACCUAUCUGGAUAUGAUCCAAAUACAUGUCACUGUAUGUAUGGUUUGGAUGCAGAUCUAAUUAUGUUGGGUUUAGCUACUCAUGAAGUUCAUUUUUCAAUUCUAAGAGAGGUUGUAUUUACUCCUGGACAACAAGACAAAUGUUUCCUUUGUGGUCAAAUUGGUCAUUUUGCAGCUGCUUGUGAAGGUAAGUCAAAGAAAAAGGAAGGCAAGUUUGAUGAGAAGGGUGCGAUUAUUGUACCCAAAAAGCCUUUCCAGUUUCUCCACAUCUGGAUUCUUAGAGAAUAUUUGGCGUAUGAAAUGAGGAUUCCGAAUCCUCCUUUUGACAUUGAUGUUGAAUGCAUGAUUGAUGAUUUCAUCUUCAUGUGUUUCUUUGUUGGGAAUGAUUUUUUACCUCAUAUGGCCACACUGGACAUCCGAGAGGGUGCAAUCAAUUUGCUAAUAGAUGUAUAUAAGAAAGAAUUUAGGUCAAUGAAUGGGUAUUUGACUGAUGGGAGCAAGCCAAAUUUAAGGAGGGUGGAGCAUUUCAUUCAGGCAGUGGGGGCAUAUGAGGAUAAAAUCUUUCAGAAAAGAGCUCAAGUGCACCAGAGGCAAGCUGAAAGGAUCAAACGUGACAAGUCACAAGGAAAAAUAAGAGAUAAUGUCUACCCACAAGUUAGACCUGAGGGGAUUGUUCCUGUUGCUCCAUUUCAUGGUUCUCGCCUAGCAUCAGGCCCUAUACCAUCUCCAUACCAGCAGAUGUCUUCUUCUGAUUCUCACUCAGUGCCUUCAAUGUCUGUUAGCAAUGAAAACAACAAUGGGAGAAUCUUAGAUGGUUUAUCUGUACAUGCAAAUCAAAAGAAUCAGUCUGAGAUUUCUACUGACGAACAAUCUUAUACUCGGGCUUCAAAAGCUCCACGCACGUCUUCUGCAGCUACCGUUGGUGCUGCCAUUAUGGAAGCAGAAAACACUCUUGAAGAAGAGAUACGUGAAAACAAAGAAGAACUUAAGACGAAGUUGAAGGAGUUACUUCGUGAAAAGUCGGAUACCUUCAAUUCUGAGAAUGUGGAGGAAGACAAGAUCAAAUUGGGAGAGUCAGGUUGGAAAGAGAGGUACUAUGAAGAGAAGUUUUCAGCAUUGACCACUGAACAACUUCAAAACAUAAGAAAUGAUGUUGUUUUGAAAUACACGGAAGGCCUGUGUUGGGUUAUGCACUAUUACUAUGAAGGGGUUUGUUCUUGGCAGUGGUUUUACCCUUAUCAUUAUGCACCAUUCGCAUCUGAUCUCAAGGAUCUUGGAGAAUUGAAUAUAAGUUUUGAAAAAGGAACUCCAUUUAGACCAUUUAAUCAGCUUUUGGGGGUCUUUCCUGCUGCAAGUGCUCAUGCACUUCCUCAGCAAUACAGGAAAUUGAUGACUGAUCCAAACUCAACUAUACUUGAUUUUUAUCCUAUUGAUUUUGCAGUAGACAUGAAUGGAAAGCGGUUUGCUUGGCAGGGUAUUGCCAAGUUGCCUUUUAUUGAUGAAGAACGCCUUCUUACUGAAGUUGCAAAAGUUGAACACACUUUAUCGGAAGAGGAGGUGCGAAGAAAUAGCAUCAUGUGUAACAUGCUCUUUGUGGCAUUAUCUAACCCUCUUUCUGCAUGCAUACUUUCUCUUGAUGCGCGAUGCAAACAAUUGUCAGACAAAAAACGUGUUGAAAUAAAAGAGAAACUUGAUCCAAAGACGAGUGGUGGGAUGAAUGGUUAUAUCUCGCUUUGUAAUGGAGAACCCUGCCCGCGUAUUUUCAGAUCACCUGUGAAAGGAUUGAUGGAUAUUGCGGACAACCAAGUAAUAUGUGCUAUAUACAGUCUUCCAGAUCCACAUAAACACAUUACUCGACCACCUCCAGAUGUUAAAUAUCCGGCAAAGAUAGUUACAUUUGGAGAUGUGAAAGCUAAUGGUCCUCUGUGGCAUGAAGAUAAUAGAAAGCCAUGGGAGAAGAAUAAUUCAAGACAAGAAGGUCCUGGAUCUGGCUAUAAUAAUAAUAAUAAUGGAUAUGGUAAUCGGAAAAAUCAUGGUGGGAAUUUUCGGGGAAACCAACAAAAGGGGCACUACCAUCAGCAACAUUCAAGAGGUGGUUAUGGUUCGAAAUCAAGUCAUAAUGGAAACAAAUAAAAUUUCAGCGCAUUAGGUAAGUAGUAGAGAUGAAGCUGUUGUAUCAUUCUUCUUCUACCCAUUAGUUAAUUGGCUGUUGUUUAUUCAUUUCUUAUUCUUUUCAUUGACUUGGUCAUUGUUGUAUCUUCUGAUUUCAUUGCAAUAACAAUUAAAAGUAUUAGUGUCGGCAGUUUUGUAGUCAUUAGGACAAAUGUUAUCUAGUUUUCCCUUUAUUGUAAGCAACUGGAAAAAAAGAGAUGAAAAGCAGGAGGGUUUGUCUGUCUGUCUGUCUGUUUGUCAUACAAAGUUUUCUUUGUUAAGACUUUUGUCAU